GAUGAGCUCUGGGCGCGGCAGCACACCAAGGCGGCACAGCAGCUGUACAGCUUGUGUGUCGACCUGCGCGGCUUCUACCUGAAGACUGGACAGUUCAUCGGCGCUCGCGGCGACUUUGUGCCGGAGCAGAUCUGCCGCAAGCUGUCGCUGCUGCACGACCAGGUGCCACCCAUGCCGGCUGCACAGGCACGAGAAGUGAUUGAGCGGGAGUUGGGGGCGCCCUUGGAGGCGCUGUUUGAGUGGAUUGAUCUGGAGGAGCCGCUUGGUUCUGCCUCUAUUGGCCAGGUGCACAAGGCCAAGCUACGGUGUCCGAGGCAGCGCAAGGGGCGGCCAUUCCUGCGUCCAGUUCAAUACCCGGAUGCGCUGCCCACCAUGUCUCUCGACCUGUCCAACGUUCGCCUGGCCGCCGCCUUCCUGUCCAAGACUGAGAUCAAGUUUGACAUGGUGUCUGCAGUGGACGAGCUGGCGGCGCAGAUUCGACUGGAGUUUGACUUCUGCCGGGAGGCUCGCAUAAUGGAUGCCGUGGCCCGCCAGUUCCAGCUCAACCACCGCAUCGACGUGCCGCGCAGCGUGCCUGGCAUGGUGACAGACCGUUUGCUGGUAAUGAACUUUUUGGAUGGCAUCCCCAUCACCCGCCUGGAGCGACACACUCAAAAGUGGGUCCUGUCGGCAGCCACCAAGCAGAUGGCGGCCAAGCGCAUCCUGAGCCGUGUGUCAGAGGCGUACGGCCGCAUGCUGCUGCUGGACGGCUUGUUUCAAGCAGACGGCCAUCCUGGCAACAUCCUUGUGAUGAAGGGUGGCAAGAUUGGACUCAUCGAUUAUGGGCAGUCCAAGCAGCUGCCGGACCCUUACCGUGCGGCCUUUGCCCAGCUGGUGCUGGCUCUGGACAAGGGGGACAACGCUGCCAUUGCGACAGCUUUGCGUGGUGUGGGCGUGGUGACGGAGCGGGAGGAGGCCCCGUUGCAGGCACGGCUGGCGUACGGCAUGUUUGACACGCGGGGCAGUGUGGACCCAUUUGCCCCGGACUCUCCGAUUAAAGCAAUGGGCAUCGAGAAGUUCCCGCCGGACAUGUUUUUCGUGCUGCGGGUGGUGCAGCUGCUGCGCGGCCUGAAGACGGGCAUGAAGGUGGCAGAGUUCAGCGCCGCCUCGCAGUGGAAGCCGUAUGCCCAGGAGGCG